UUGAUUCCUUCAUAGGAGAUUCACUCUAACCCAAGUUCUAAGAUUGCAUCUACUUUUUUGAUUACGGCAAUUUAAUUCCAUCAAGUUCUUUAAAAGAAAUCUCAACCUCUCCAUCCGUCUCAACCACAAACCACAAACCAGAAAAAACAAAAACCACAAUCCCAAACACAACAUGCCAGUCUUCGUGCACAACAAUGCCAGCAGUGCCACAGCACUAAUGGAAGCAGCCCAACUCAACAACCAAGCCAACCAGCUCGGAGCUCGUGGAGAUUUAACCGGCGCCGAAAAAUUAUUCUUGCAAUCUCUCAAGUUGAAAAUUGAAAGUACGGGUGAAGAUUCGAUUCAGAGUGCUCUAUCGAAAAAUGCCCCUCGGAGAGUUGUAUUUGAAGAUGGAGGGGAGGUGGGAGGAUGCGAGGAGGUUUUUGGAGCAUGCUGAUGCGAUUAGGGGGUGUAUGUUGCCUUUUCUUUUUCUUUUAGGAGGUUGUGAAGUGUGGGUAUGAGGAUGAGAAAGACAAGGACAAGAAAGAAGAAAUGCUAAUGAAAUGGUUUUUCGUGCGGUAGCUAUUGAUGAUUUUGACGCGGCUUGUACUCGCGAUAAUCUCGGUCAAUUGUGGGAAAUCAAGGGCGAUAUGGUGAAGGCGAAGGCUGCGAGAGAGAGAGACCCCAAUAGUAUAGUUUGUUCGAACUUCAAUGUAAGUAUCUCCAUAUUCUCCGCACGAUUCUAGAGAGAGAAGCUAAUCUGCUGUGAUAAGUGUUCACUCAGCAGCGCAAAUGUCAAGUCAGAGAGAGAAAAUCUUAAAAAUUGUGCCAGAUGCAAGGCUACGUGGUAUUGUAGUGCGCAGUGUCAGAAAGUGGAUUGGAGAUCGAGACAUAAGAAGUGGUGUAAGGAGCCUCAGAAAUUGAGUGCUGAGCAGACGAGCACCAGUGGCUAGAAGGUGGUGAUUAGAGGAUAGAGGGUGAUGGAUGGUUUUGGGUGCAUUAAGUUAAAAAAAGAUGCGGUGGCUGAGGGAGCCCAGAGACGAGCAUCG